GCUAGAAAGAGGGAGGGGAGGAGGAGGGCGCCUCAUUGGUAGUUGCAGACGCCGUCGCUGCGGUAGCAGCAGCAGCAGCAACAACAACAACGCGUGUGCCAAGCGGAGAGGAGCAGGCGAGCGAGCAGCCAGCCAGCCAGCCAGCCAACCAACCGGCUGCGAUGCCUUGCCGGCAGCCGGGCGGAGAGCGCUUCCUGCUGCUGGAGCGCGCCGCCGCGUCCUUGCAGAGCGGCCCCGUCGGGGCGAGCAGCGGCUCCAAGGAAGUGGACGCGUUGGUGGCCAAGCUGGGCGAGGUGCUGCAGUUGAGCGCCCAGCACCGGGCGUCGUCUCCGGCCCCUCGGCUGCUCCCCAAACACCACGGCCGGGACCGAGCGGCUCCGUACUCGUCGCCGAGGGGGCUCGGCUUCCUAGCCUCGCUGCACCACCAGCGCCCGCCGCCGUCGCUGCUGCUGCUGCCGCCGUCGCCGCCGCCGUCCGCGGACCAGAAGGGCAGCCCUCGGGUGGCCAAGCAACUGUGCGGCCGGGGCUGGCUGCGGAGCGCGGCCCGGGCCGGGGGGAAGAAGAGGCAGCCGCAUCACCACCCACACCACCCUCUGCUGCCCGCGGGCGAAGACGACGACCCGCACCGGCUCUUGCAACAGCUCAUCCUCUCCGGGAACCUCAUCAAGGAAGCCGUCCGGCGAUUGCAACUGGCGGCCACCGCCACAGCCGCCUCGACGGCGGUGGAGACCUCCGCCACCGGCUCGCCCGGCUCUGCCUCGUCCACCGGCAGCUGCUGCCACAGCAGUAGUGGCGAAGGGGACUCGGCUGCAGCCACAGCCUUCUCCGUCUCCUCUUUGCAACCGCUGCCCUAGCCCCUCCGGGGUGCAGCCCCCCGCCCAGCCCUUUCCACCCCGCGAAGCUACAGGGCAGCGCGUGGAAGAGACCUGGCAUCUCCUACCUACCUCUCCCCUUUACACGCACAUUAGGAGGGAUGGCGGGGGCGCGAUGGCGGCGAGGCGCGACUGCAACUCGCCAGAGACGGAUUAUCGAGGCAACGCCGUAUACUUGAAGCGGACUAUAUGACAGUUAACGAUUAUUGUUCUUUGUCGCUGGUGGUUACUGAUGGAGCCACGGGCCGGGCUGCUACUCUCCUCCUCUCUCUGUGUAUCUCUCUCUUUAAGAGAAUUGUGGUGCUAUGCAGCCCUGGACGGCUGCCCCUUCGGUCUACCCGCGAAUACGCAGCCCAGAUGACCCCGAUCUGCCUUCUGCGCCAGGAUUUGCGCACGCCGUCUGGACACUAAACGCCCACCUCCGUAGUAGUCUGCUCUUAUGGGGGAAAGGGGGGGCCAUCCCGCGUGGCAUUGUCUAGCGUGAAAAUCAUUCCCACGCGCACAUCAAUGUGUGACUGGAGAGGGGAGGGCGGGGGGGAAUGUUUAAUAAUAAAGGCAUGUCAAACGUUACGAUUGCAAGAGGGCAGUGGAGACUCUACGCUACUGAGCGCAAAUAUAUUAAACCCUUUGAAGAACGGCCGUCCUCCCUCUCUUUCCAAGGUCACCCCCUUUUUUUUAGCGUCCCGCAUCCAAGCUAUGUUUUGUUCUUGUGUUCCCCAGGCAGUGGGAGAUCGUAACCCUAUCCUGGCUUGUUUUGACUGGGCUGAGGGCGAACCCUGUGUGUUUUGUAACGGCUGGGAGUCUCCUGAGGACGCGCACGUUGCCGGAUCCAAGUUGUUGUGCGUUUCCUCUCCCUCACCGCUCCCCCCCCCCCCCAUUGCUGUUUCUUUCCAAGAGCUCCACCUCCACCUCUCUCUCUCUCUCUCCCCCUCCAAACAGGAUUCUCAGAAAAGGGCUCAUAUUACAGCAGUCUUUCUAAGAAAUCUCCCCCCCCCCUCUCCUCCUCCUCCAGCCACACAUUUGCACACACGCCCUCCCCUGCUCUGGUUACUAUCCUUGCCAGCCCUAGCUAACUCUCUGGGGCUCUCCCCAGCUGAAGAGUAUUAUGUUUGCCUCUUUUACCCCCUCUCUGAUUCCUCCACUGCCAGCCAUUUCCUUUCCGACUCCAGCCCUCCUACACAGAAGAAAAUGUUGCCUCUGUUUCUGAUUUGUCUCACUGGAACCAUUUUCAAGAAGUCAAAAUGACGUGUAAGCCCCCCCCCCCAGUUCCCUCCCUUCUUAGAGCGUUCAAUUCUUUUUACAUUUUUAAAGGCUUUUUUUUAAGGUUUUGGGGUGUAAUGAAGCAGUUUAAAAAUGUGAAUAUUAAAGCUAGAAAGCAGCUGGCUUUAAUGAAAAUGAGAGGGCUGAGAAUGAAGAGGCACAUUUGUUCACAAAAGGUAGCUUUUAAAAUAAAUUAAGAAAUACACAGAAAACCUCAAUGGCUCAAUCAACAGAAGCGGCUGUUGACAAAAUAUAUAUUCUAUAUAUACGCUUCGUAACGGAGUGUUUGAGUUGUGUUCCUGGUUUUCAGGGUUUGUCUUUAAUAUGUCUGUAUUAAAUAAACGUGGUAGACUUUUAUAUGAGAAAGAAA